UGCGUGCCCAGGCGAGGCGGCGGCAGCAGCGGUGACCAUGGCUGGAGCGCUGGCAGGUCUGGCCGCGGGCUUGCAGGGCCAGCGGGUCGUCCCCUGCCCGGACUCGGACUCUGACACAGACUCGGAGGGUCCGAGUAUCCGGCGCAGCGCGAGCGUGCUGCUCCGCUCGCAGGUCAUCCACAGCGGUCACUUCAUGGUGUCGUCGCCGCACAGCGACUCGCUGACCCGGCGGCGCGACCAGGAGGGGCCCGUGGGGCUCGCCGACUUCGGGCCGCGCAGCAUCGACCCCACACUCACCCGCCUCUUCGAGUGCAUGAGCCUGGCCUACAGCGGCAAGCUGGUCUCCCCCAAGUGGAAGAAUUUCAAAGGGCUGAAGCUGCUCUGCCGAGACAAGAUCCGCCUCAACAACGCCAUCUGGAGGGCCUGGUAUAUCCAGUAUGUGGAGCGGAGGAAGAGCCCCGUGUGUGGCUUCGUGACCCCCCUGCAGGGGCCUGAGGCUGAUGAGCACCGGAAACCGGAGGCCGUGGUCCUGGAGGGGAAUUACUGGAAGCGGCGCAUCGAGGUGGUGAUGCGCGAGUACCACAAGUGGCGCAUCUACUACAAGAAGCGGCUCCGUAAGUCCAGCAGAGAAGGGGAUCUCCUGGCCCCCAAGCAGGCGGAAGGCGGGUGGCAGCCACCGGAGCGAUGGUGCGAGCAGCUCUUCUCCAGCGUGGUGCCCGUGCUGCUGGGGGGCCCGGAGGAGGAUCCCGACACGCGGCAGCUUCUGGACCUCGAUUGCUUUUUGUCCGACAUCUCCGACACACUCUUCACCAUGACUCAGCCCAGCCCGAAGCCCCUGCAGCUGCCCCCAGAGGACGCCUACGUCGGCAAUGCUGACAUGAUCCAGCCAGACCUGACACCUCUGCAGCCCAGCCUGGAUGACUUCAUGGAGAUCUCAGAUUUCUUCACCAACUACCGCCCCCCACAGACGCCCAUGCCUUCAAACUUCCCAGAGCCCCCCAGCUUCAGCCCCAUGGCCGACUCCCCCUUCAGCAGUGGGAUCCUGGGUUCAGAGGUGCCCCCUGCCUCCUCAGCCAUGACCCACCUCUCAGGGCAUAACCGCCUGCAGUGCCCAGUCCAGAGCUCAGCCAAAGCAGGAGGCUGCCGGGGUGGCCGCAAAGGCCAGCUUUCUCCCCUGCUCUCUAUCUGUCCUCCCAACCAGGCUCGGAGCAGCUGCCCUGGCCCCCUGGACUCCAGUGCCUUCCUGAGCUCUGAUUUCCUCCUUCCUGAAGACCCCAAGCCCAAGCUCCCAGCCCCUCCCCCACCCACACCCCUCCUCGAAUACUCUACCCCUGCCAAAGGGCCUGGCCUGGAGCCCUGUCCCCCACCCCACUUCCCUCCCAUGGCUCCGCCCCCUGCUGUGCUUCAGGAAGAGUCUCUCUUCUCUCCCAGAUUCUCCUUCCCUACUGUCCCUCCUGCCCCGGGAGUGUCCCCACUGCCUGCUCCCACUGCCUUCCCACUUGCCCCACAUUCCACCCCCUCCUCCUUUCCCCUUCUCCCCUCUGGGUAUCCGGAGCCCCCACCGGGGCCUCACUUCACAGUGCCCCAAGGCCUGCGGCCCAGAGGCAAGCCCCCCACCCCAUCCUCUAGGGGGCAGAAGCCCAGCCCCCGCACCUUGGCCCCUGCCACUGCCAGCCCCACUGCCACUGCUGGGGGCAACAACCCCUGCCUCACACAGCUACUCACAGCAGCCAAGCCUGAGCAAGCCCUGGAGCCACCACUUGUGUCCAGCACACUCCUUCGGCCCCCAGGGUCCCCGGUAAGAUGGCCGGCACUGGGAGGUGGGGGCGAGCCCCGGGGCUUCACCCCAACUCUCCGCCCUUCUCCACCCCAGCAGGAGACGGUCCCUGAGUUCCCCUGCACCUUCUUUCCCCCGACCCCGGCCCCUACACCACCCCGGCCACCUCCUGGCCCAGCCACACUGGCCCCUCCCAGGCCCCUGAUUGUCCCCAAAGUGGAGCGGCUCUCGCCUCCAGCACCCAGCGGAGGUGAGCGGCGGCUGUCUGGGGAGCUCAGCUCCAUGCCAGGCCCGGGAACUCUGAGCGUCCGCAUCUCUCCCCCUCAACCCAUCCUAAGCCGGGGCCGUCCAGACAACAACAAGGUGGCACCAUCCCCCCACCCCAAGAUUUGUGUGCACCCCCAGGGCCUCCCGCACUCCCUCCUAGGCUCACCCUACUCGCUGUCUGCCCUCAAGACUGAGAGCCGGCGCAUCACACACAUCUCUGCGGAGCAGAAGCGGCGCUUCAAUAUCAAGCUGGGAUUUGACACCCUGCACGGGCUGGUGAGCACGCUCAGUGCCCAGCCCAGCCUCAAGAUGAGCAAAGCCACCACACUGCAGAAGACGGCCGAGUAUAUCGCCAUGCUGCAGCAGGAGCGGGCAGCCAUGCAGGAGGAGGCCCAGCAGCUGCGGGACCAGAUCGAGGAGCUCAACGCUGCCAUUAACCUGUGCCAGCAGCAGCUGCCUGCCACCGGGGUGCCCAUCACACACCAGCGUUUCGACCAGAUGCGAGACAUGUUUGAUGACUAUGUCCGGGCCCGCACACUGCACAACUGGAAGUUCUGGGUGUUCAGCAUCCUCAUCCGGCCUCUGUUCGAGUCUUUCAACGGGAUGGUGUCCACGGCAAGCUUGCAGAGCCUCCGCCAGACUUCGCUGGCCUGGCUGGACCAGUACUGCUCUCUGCCUGCUCUCCGACCAACUGUCCUGAACUCCCUACGCCAGCUGAGCACAUCCACCAGUAUCCUGACGGACCCGGGCUGUAUACCCGAGCAAGCCACACGGGCGGUCACAGAGGGCACCCUUGGCAACCCUUUAUAGCGCUGGCCAGACCCUGCCGCUUACUCAGCUGCCCUGGGGCUGCUUUCCCUGGGUGUGGGCUCCAGGGACAACUUCUGGGCCCUCCCUCCUGCCCCAGGCCCUGGCUGUCCCCUUUCCUGAGGGUCGAGCCAGGCCCAAGUCUCUUCCCGCGUCCUGGAAGCUGGGAAGAACUGAGUUGCAGUCCCUGCUGUACUAGUGACUAACGCUGUGACCUGGGGGACUCAUACUCCCUCUUUGGACCUCCAUUUUCCAGUCUGCAAAGGGGGGAUGGGAAAGCUUCAACCAGAAGAUGAUCUGGAAGCUUUAGCAGCUGUGACACUCAGAGGCCUAAGCCGGCAACUCAGGGAGCUUGAAGGAGGGACGUGCACAAUCCUGUUUCCCUGUCACUCCCCCUGCUCCCCGGCCGGUGGGGCACAGGCCCCUGUUUCUGAGCAGAUAAGCAGAAGAGGAGGUUCCCUCUCUGUGCCUUCACUGGUAGCCUGGAGGGGCUGCAGGAUGGCGUCCCUGGGUGAGGCCAGGAAGGUCUGAUCCCAGGAGAGACCUGGGCAGGGGGUGGCCAAACCAGGGCAGGCAUCUUGUGUGUGUGGAUGCGUGUGUAUGGAUUUUGUAAAGAACUUUUGACCAAUAAAAACAAAAACUGUU